UUUACAGGAAACACAUGAGAGCUCCAUGGCUGACACGGAAGAGGAAAACUUACAAAGCCAAAUUGAUGAAAUUGAAGCCCUCUCUUCUAUCUAUGGGGAUGACUGGUGUGUAAUAGAUGAAGCCGCACGGAUAUUUUGUAUAAAAAUCUCCAACUCUCUGGAUCAUCCUGAGUGGACACUUUGUUUGCAGGUGAUACUUCCUCCAGAAUACCCAUCUGCAGCCCCUCCUCUGUACCAACUAAAUGCUCCAUGGCUUCGGGGUGAAGAUCGUUUGACACUAUCAAAUAGUCUAGAGGACAUUUACGUGCAAAAUCUUGGUGAGAACAUCCUUUACCAAUGGGUGGAAAAGAUAAGAGAAUUUCUGGAAGAGAAAUCUAAAACAUCAGUUCCAGGCCCGAGUUCAAUAGCCACAACCGAAGAAACGGAGACUGCUGAUGAUAUUGCCUCUAGCUCUGAAUUACGUCUAGAUGACUUGUUAACGUGUUCCGUUAUUGAUGGAUCCUUUGACACUUUAGAAGGACUUGGUAAGGAAGUUCCAUCAAUUUUCCAUGGAGAACCAAUUAGUGACCGGAGGAGUACAUUUCAGGCACACUUAGCUCCUGUGCACAGUCCAGGCCAAGUGAAAGAAGUGCUGAGCGUAUUGUAUGAGAAUAAGAAAAUCGCUAGUGCAACUCAUAACAUUUAUGCAUACAGGAUAUAUACUAAGAAGACAAAUACGUUUAUACAAGACUGUGAGGAUGACGGGGAAACAGCAGCUGGUAAAAGACUUCUUCAUCUUAUGCAGAUUCUGGAUGCCAGAGAUGUAAUGGUAGUUGUGUCACGAUGGUAUGGAGGUAUCCUUCUCGGACCAGAUCGCUUUAAGCAUAUCAAUAACUGUGCACGAAACAUACUGGUGGAGCAUCACUACACAAACUCUACUGAAGAUUCUGGAAGGCAUGCUGAAAAGAACAAACAUACAAAAGAAAAUAAGAAGUGAAUAGAACAUUAAUCUAUCCUAAGAAAUAAUUGCUCAAAUUUUCAACAUUUUGAUUCAAAGUGAUAAAGGUGUCUUCCUUUUCUUUGCUUAACCUAUGACAUUGAAAAUAGUCAUUAACGCAAAACCUGUCAGGUGAGUUCUGCUGCCCCAUCUGAGAGCAGGCUAUGAUAGCUCUGAGACAUAUAGCUUUAUAUGACUGGAGUAGGAUUUCUUAGUAAAAAGAGGACUUCUAGGAUAGACAAGACUUAUAGGAGAGACAGCGAGAGUCCUGAUUACUCUGCCCACACAAGAUGACUGACAUGUACCAGUGUGUGAAGAGCAGGGUGUCAAUCACUGUGUGUGUGUGUGGGGGGGGGGGGGUAGGUAAUCAGGACUCAUUGUCUGUUCAAGGAGUCCUGUCAGUUUUUACUCAGACAUCCUUCCACGGAUCAUAUAAACCUAUAUAUAACAAAGCUCAGUCUUUAUCGUACCCAGAACUCAGGGCAGCAGAAAUCACUUUACAUGCCUGCUGUAAAGAAAUUGAAGUUAAAGGAAAUGUUCAUCCAAAAUUAUAAAAGUUGGUUCUGGGUGUAGUUGGAUGACUGUUACUAUAUAAUUAUUUUUGCCCACUAUCUUGUAUUCUCCAUUUUGAGAUUUCCCUUGCCAAUGGACCUUAAACAUUACGAACCAGUUAGUUAAAGGAGUUGUCUGCUUUUUUAUAUUGAAAACCUAUCCACAGGGUAGAGUAUAACUAACUGAUCGGCGGGGGUCCAACCGGGAAUGGAUCAGAUUGGCAGGGGGCCGACUGCCGGCACCUCAGCUGAUCAGCUGUUUGAAGAGAAUGCAGUACCAGCACAGUGUUCUCUGCUGUUGUAAUUACACAUGCUUGCCGCUGUAAUGUCGAUAGCGAGCAGAUGUAAUUACAGCUACGCCAUCCCAUUCACUUCCAUGGGACUGCUCAUUUCUAUACAAGUGAAUAAGAAGGAGCCAUUUCAAUGAAGCGAAGGGGACGGCGGAGUUGUAUUACACUGCUCACCUCUGCAAUGUCGACAGCGAGCAGGUAAACAGUGAAGAGAAGGCCGCGCUCGUAUGAGUGCUGCAUUCUUUUCAAACAACUAAUUGUUGGGGGUGCUGGCAGUUGUUCCCCCCACCUAUCUGAUAUUGAUGACCUAUCCUGAGGAAGCUGGAUCAAUUGAGGAUUUAAGAGGUGAAUGCUGUUUUUUAUUUUUACAUUUGCAGUUUUUCUCAUUCCUCUAGUCAGUUCUGUAGCAGAGACUUCUCAGGGAUGGAUGGGGUGCUCAGAAAUUAUUAUUAUAUUGCAUAUUAUAAUUAGCAAUACAAUUUUUUUUUUUUAUUCCUAUUGUUGCUUCACAAAGCUGAUUUGGCUUGCACAGUUGUGCUAUCAAGUUGAUGGUUGUUAUAGACUUCACAAAUAAACUAUGAGUGAAAUAACAAAUGUAUUGCUAAAACCUUACCAUAAAACAGAAAAUGACGCACAAGGGAGUUGCUACUUUACAAAUAUUUGGCUGGAUAUAAUAAAAAGAAAAGAGAUCUCUUCAGUAACAUGCUUUUAUUUGUACUUAUAAAGGUUUUCAUGCUAGAAAUCCUGUUUUAAAGAGAAGGAGGAGGGUCAUUUACUAUUAGAUAUAUGCCAGUUUUUAUUUGCGCCGCAAUCUGUGACUUUUCCCCGCUCACGCCAGGUCUAAAAAAAAAAGGGCCGGGGAAGGGGGCAGGCCAUCAGGCCUAUCUCAUUUAUCAUUUUCGACGCCUGUUUUAGGCAUAGAAAAUGUUCUAAAUCUACACCAGCAAGGCAGCUGGCAUAGAUUUAGACUGGCGGUUGAUGCGUCAAAGUCAUGCGCCUCUAUAAACCUUCGUCAGAUCCACCGCCAGCGCAGGGGUUAUUAAGACCAGUGCCUAAAACACCGGUCUUAAUAAACGAAAGAGGUUUUUCCUAGUGAUCAUACAUUUAUUACCUAUCUGGUAGGUUUAUAGGAAAACCUAUCAUUGCCUGCAGUGUUACAUUAAAAUGUGUUUAUUGUGGAUGUAUGAAAGAGCAGUUUCAUGCCAUAUAUAUAUAUAUAUACAUAUAUAUAUGUGUGUGUGUAUAUAUAUAUAUAUAUAUAUAUAUUGUGUUAACACUUUCUAGAUUGUAUUUAUUGGCAAAA